GUUCGGAAAUCAAAAUCGGAGUAGCCAAAGUACAUGUUCUGCGUCGCAUGUGUUACUAGCUACGUCGGAAGGGCAAUCUCGUAAUGGUAGAGUACAUCAGAGAUCGUUCAACAAGAUGGACAGCUCAUCGAUGAUGCUUUGAUGUUCGUCGGUGAUGGAAACAGUGUGCUCGUCGAUGAUACUCUGGUGAUCAUCGGCGGUGGAAACAGUGUGUUCAGACAUGCAGAGAGCGUAAACCAGGUCGAUGUGUACUCGUUCAAAGAGGGUCGGAUCGUUACCCAACUUGGACAUGCAGGGUUUGAUCGUCGCCGAAUAGGCUGGGUGAGAUUUGAUGUAAGCUUGAAUGGGCUGCAAGGUUUUCGUGUUGAGAUGAAGGAUUGGGCCGAUAUCGAGGUUGCCAAUAUCGAGGUUGUCGAGCGAUUCCAUCCCCAGGCAGGACCAGAACUGUCGUCGAUUCCACUCCCUCCCCCUGGCAGAAGCCAUGUGAAAUGGCUUAUUCUUCUUCGUCGCUUUCGCCCUUUUCAGUGCUUGCCUAGCUCUCUUCUCCAGCUUGCGGGCCUUCUCGGCGGCGACCUUCCUCCUAGCAAUCUUCGACCUCCUCUUAUUCUUGCGUCCCUCGUUCCCCGCUCCGCUCUCCUUCUGAUCAUCCUCGAGUUCGUCGCUCUCGUUCUGAUCGUGUUCAAGUUCGUCGAUCUCGUUCUGAUCGUCUUCGAGUUCGUCAACUUCCCCGUUCUCAUCGAUCUCAUCGUUUUCGAUUUCGUCGACCUGAUGUUCCUGAGAGUUGUUGCGAGCGUAGACGUCAAGCGGCGAUCUUCCAUGCUCCGAUCGUUCCUCGACUUUGACUUCAGUCAUAGAUGCUUCUUCCUCUCCCUUGGCAGAUCCGAUAUCAUCAGCCUUGUCUUUCAUCUUUCCUCACGAUUCGAACCCUUCCUCGUGGUUCAAACAAUUCAAGAAUAGUUCACGUCCCGCUCUCCGAACUGUAUUCGAUCUUCUAGUCAGUUGUCUUAAGAGGGUGUCGAAAGCCUGACGAUAGACAAAUGCCUCUGGAAAGCGCUCGAUGCCCGUUCGGAAUGAGAUAGCGUGCAAUCGAGUCGAUAGAGGUGAGAUGGAGGUAAUGA